AUAAAAUCUUAGUAGGAAAGAUAGCGAGGGAAUAACAUUGCAUCAACAUCUUUCAACUUCUAUAGUUGGCUGGAAAUACUCAAAGAGAAAGCAGAAGGAGAAUGGAGGGGAUCCGGAUACUUUUGAUCGUUCUGCUUGCGAUUCUUCUACUUUUCUACUUCUUGAAACAGCAGUGGUCUCACCGACAUUUACCCCCUGGGCCUCUUGCCCUUCCUCUCAUUGGAGGAGUAUGGAGAGUUAACUUUGGAAUUGGAUGGAAUGAAAAGACAAUAAUAAAGUUGGCAAAACAGUAUGGGAGCAUUUUUACUUAUUGGGUAGGACAUAUGCCUAUGGUAGUUUUGUCUGGAUUUGAAGCUGUGAAAGAAGGACUGGUUGAUCAUUUGGAAGAAUUCUCAGACCGGCCGGAAACACCAUUUCUUACACUCAUAGGAAGAAGAAAGGGUAUUAUAUUUUCAAAUGGACAUACCUGGAAACAGCAGAGACGGUUUGGCCUAGUUACUCUGCGGAAGUUGGGAGUGGGGAAAAAAAGCAUGGAGGGCCAAAUAGAAGAGGAAUCCCGACAGCUUGUAGAGGUUUUUGCACGUGAAAAAGGCCAGCCAUUUGAUCCUGCUUUGCCCAUCACCAAUUCAGUCUCCAAUGUGAUAUGUGCUGUGACUUUUGGAUACCGUUUUCCCCUUGAAGAUGAAACCUUCAAAAAACUGAUUGAGGCCGUGGCAUUUACCUUACAAUUUGGAGGAAGUCCAUUUCAUGCGAUAUAUGAAAUGUUCCCAUGGCUCAUGAAGCAUCUUCCAGGACCUCACAAGAAGGCAUUUCAUGGUACAGAGAUGGUGCUUUCAUUAGCAAAGAAAGAAAUACAGAAACAUAAGGAACAAAAGUCCUUUCAUGAGCCACAGGAUUUGAUUGAUUUCUACCUGCUUAAAAUGGAAAAACAUCAGAGGAUAAAUGAUCCUACUUCUACGUAUGAUGAAGAGAACCUGGCUCAGGAUAUUCAUGACUUAUUUAUUGCUGGAACAGAAACAACGGCCACGUCUCUGAAAUGGGCAAUCCUCCUUUUGACAAAUCACCCAGAUAUUCAAGAGAAAGUCUAUAAGGAGAUAGAAGAUGCUUUGAGUUCCUCUUCUUUCUGCUAUCAAGAUCUAAAGAAGCUCCCUUAUACAAAUGCUGUACUUCAUGAGAUUCAGCGUUCAAAAUAUCCCUUGAUAUUUGGGCUCCCAAGACAAACUUCCCAAGAUGUGAAGAUGAGAGGUUUUCUCAUCCCUAAGGGGACAGUUAUUAUACCAAAUCUACGCUCUGCUCUUAUUGAUCCUGAGUAUUGGGAGACUCCUGAAGAGUUCAAUCCAAAUCAUUUUUUGGACAAGGAUGGAAAUUUUGUUGCUAGGGAAGAGUACCUGGUAUUUGGUGCAGGGGCUCGGGUGUGUUUGGGGGAGCAGCUGGCAAGGAUGGAGUUCUUCAUCUUCUUAGUCAGCCUGCUGAGAGUCUUCCGUUUCCAGCUGCCUCCAGGAGUCAAAGAACUCAAUGAACAACCUGCAGUAGGACUGACAACACCACCUCAUCCUUAUAAAGUGUGUGCAGUUCCUCGCUCUAGUUCAUCAUUAAACAUACAAAAAUAACUACAAUGGCUGAUAUUUAAUUGCUGUAAUUUUAACCAAAUCCAUCUUUAACUUUCUUGAAUGUUCCCAAACUUCUUCUUUAAGCAUAGAACUAAAAAUGCAGUCAUAAAGUAAUUUUACUUCACUCUGUUUUGCUUUUUCACCAACUGCUCUGUUUAAAGAAUUUUUUCUAUAUCAAUAAUUUUCAGGCAGCUUGAUAUCAAUUUUUUAUAUUUCAUUCAUCCUACAAAACUCAACACAAAGUCUACUGAUUGAUUCUUCCAGGAACUUCCACAGCAAACAUGAGGGUGGACAAAUACAAUUCCCUCAAAAAUGCAGGAAAAAACAUUACAAACAGCAAAAUUUGCAAGAUUUCUAGAUGCAGGAAUAUCUUAUUUCUGAGCCGAAAAUCCACACCUUAGAAUGUCUUUAUGUCCCUGUGAACAGAAAACACAGAAUUUUUUUUAUCUGGGUCUGUUUCCGGAUUUUAAAUGUUUGUUUCUGAUUGGUCGGUUACUAAAAAUAAGGUGACAGUUGAGUAGAACGCAGAAACUUUGUUUGUGUGCCAGAAGCUUCAUGAAAUAUGUGGAGGGCACAUUUUUUUUCUGGCCAUGAAAAAGUAGUGGCCCCCUCCUCAACGUUGUACAUCUUUUCACAGCAAGAGAAAUCAGGAAGAGACAUGUACAAGGGGUAUUUUUAAAGUAAGGUCCGUUUUGUUGUAGACACUAGUAGUUCGCGCGCAUACCGCAACGAGCAUGUGCGUC